AUGGUUUACGACUAAGUACCAUAUGAUAAGGUAGCGGAAGAAAAGCAACAACCUGGCAGUCAAGAUAGAGAAGCGUGUGGAGCAAUACCAUUUUUAUGGGCACAAGCAUUGUAUAUCAUAUGUUGUUUACUCCAUGAUGGUUUCUUAACGCCAGCUGAAUUAGAUCCAUUAAGAAGACGGUUAUCGGCAUAUGAAAAACAUCCUCCUUGCGAAGUUCAAGUGACAAUAUUGGCAGAAACAUAUGAAGUACAGCAGGAAUUGUUGGCACAGGGCAUCCAAGUGCAAAAUAUUGAUGAAAUUGAUGAAGUAUUUUGCAUUCAACCUACUUCCGUAUUUGCUCGAAUUCUCUCAAGGCUUGCAUUUUAA